AUGAACCAGAAAAUAGAUUAUUUCUCAGCCCCACCUCCUCAGGACUGGCUGCACGCUCAAAUGGAGAAGGCACAGACAAUGUUAGGGGUUCAGUAUAAUGCACCUAGUGAUUGGUUUGAGUGUGAGCACCUGGCACAGACCUAUUAUUUCACAAAUAUCCGGACUAUUUUCACGGGGGUGCCUAAAUCAGGGUGCUCUAACUGGAUAGAAGCUCUGAUGAUAGCUGAGGGUACGCUAACCAAAAAAUUCGAUCACACUGAACUUUUCAAAGUUCAUGGUACAAUCUCCAUGAAGCACAGAAUGAAAUAUAUAAAUUCUAACAAGGGGAUAAAGGAAGAUUUCAGUUUUGCAGUGAUAAGAAACCCUUGGACGAGGAUGGUGUCUGGAUACAGGGACAAGCUCUCUGGCGAACCCUCAGCUGGGAACGAAAAGAGAGACAUAGGAAUGGACAUAGUGAGGGAGAUUCGUGGUGAGACAGACCAGUUUCGGUUGUCAUAUCUGUAUCCCACAUUCGAGGAGUUCCUGAGGUAUCUGAUAAGAUACAACACGACUGAUAACAAUCAUUUCACCACCCAACAUGAGAUGUUGUGCAUUCCUCAGGGUCGGUAUGAUUACAUUGUACCUCUGGAGUACUCCAACAUUGUAGAUAAGGACAUUUGGAGUCGUAUAAACUGUACGGUGGACCUCUCAGGGUCAUAUGAUAGUGCUAGUGACCCAAGGAAACAGACUUCUACACAACGAGCCAAGGAGUGGCUUAGUGAGAUCGAUCAGGAGAUUAUUGAUAAGAUUUAUGGGCUUUAUAAAGAGGACUUUGCAAUGGCAAAUUAUUCUAAUUUUACAGAUCCUAACUUUCCGUUACCAAUUUACCCGGAAUAA